UUCCAGGUCUGCAGCAGCAUCAUCAUCAUCCCUGUAUCACCCACAUACACACACAUACACCCACAUACACACUAUCAUCACACACACUGCAUCACACAACUGUGCUCUCCCAGUUGCACCCUCCAACUUGCAUCCCUAUACCCACAACUCCCUGCACCCUCCUGCAUUCCAAUACACUAACACACACACACUAUCCCACUAACACAAGCACAUAAUUCCAAAGGCAACAGCCGUCGGGCCCAUCUGGGACACACAAAGUGACACACAACUAAGUGCCACAGUUUGCUGCAUUGUCCAGGAUGGCUACACCAACUGAGCGGACUGAACAAGCCAGCAUAUACGGAGAUAAGGAUCCCUUCCGUUAUGAUUACGAUACAGUGCGGAUGACUGGUCUUAUUCUCGCCAUUGUCAUGUUCAGUUUGGGGAUCAUCAUUGCUCUGAGUAACAAAUUUAAAUGCAAAAAGAGGAAUCCAGAUGGUGCUCAGACUAACGGACGACAAUCCCAAACCCCAGCUGGAAGUGUAUAGUUCCUUUGUUCCUUAACCCUACCACAUGCUGCUGGAUCCUGUCUCUAGAUCCUCCAUGAAGAACUGAGGGGAAGGGAUGGAAAGGAAUAUGACCUCUUUUCACAACGAUGCAGAUAGCGUGUUACAUGCAUGUAUGACAUUCCUGCGUGAACCCCCCCAUUACCUCCAUGCACACAGAGCUUCCAUCUCUAAACCUCCCCAAAAGACUGAUUUAGAGAACCACACAAUCCCCAAUAUCCCUUUUCCAAUACACAGAGACGGAGAUACACUGGAACAAAAAGCAGAUAGAGAAGCAGAGAACGGCAGGCAGUGACCCCCAAAACAGACCACAUUAGGUCUCCAACACAACAUUCAACAAGAGACAACCAACAAUUUUAAACAUCUACCUGUAAUUAUUCAGAAAAGGAUGCCCACUGUAUUCCUUCAAAAAAAUGUCCAGCUUUUGUUGAAUUUAAAAUCCCAUAAUUUUAUGGUUACUAUAGGAAGGAUUUACAAGUGUCUAGUGGGAUACAAAAGUCAUUGGCCAGGACCAGAACAUGUAGGAACUGCCUGGUAGUCAUUGGAGCUUCUUUUUCAGGGUCUGGACGGCUGUAGCUACUACCUGGUUGAUAUAGGAAGUCCUAGUUUCCUCCAAAUAUCCAGAUUUGUGGUCAGGAAAUGGUACUUUAUUAACAUGUAUCAAAGUUCUCUGUCAGCACCUGGUGACAUCUACAGCUCUAUAGCCUUGUUUAGAAAGUGGUGGCCACCACCUUGUUGCUAUAGAAUGUUCUUUAUCAUUGUCCAGUGCCUUCCACAAGUGGUUAGGUGUCCAUAGCCAGGGGAUUGUAGUUCCUGUCAUUGCUAAGAAUAAGCUGUAGCUAAAACUACUAAAUUACAGUUAAAUGUGAGCUGAGGUUCAACAGAAACUGGUUAUUCUACUCUCCAAUAAUUGACCUAUUCUAUAAGACCCUUUAUACUGAAUCUUUUGUUUUAAGGGUUUUGGUGUUUCUUGGAUGUUGUUAUUUAAGUAUAAUGAUAUAUAUUACCUCUUGUGGGUACAGCCUCUAAUCCACUCACGGAUGCAGUCGGUAUUGGCAAACAUUUAGGUAAUUGUUACCUAUAAUUCUGCAGAAGAAGAGUGGCCAAUAAUAUCGGGGCCUAUUUCCUGGACUGGUCUCUAAUUCUCUAAAAAGCUGAAGCAGGUAUGGGUGGAUACUGGGAAGGUGUCCUGUUUUAUUUUUCUGUAUAUAGCAUGUAAGAGAAAUAGAAGUAUAUAUAAAGAGAGAGAAAUAUAUCAAUAUAUGGUUAUCAAAGACUGAUCUCUAUAAGAUAUAUGCACAUGGGCAGAUGCAACCAAGUCCCUACCUUGACGUUCUAAUAAAAUGACACAAAUAUGUUA